GGAGAUCCUGCAGGAGAUCCAGCGGCUGCGGCUGGAGCACGAGCAAGCCUCGCAGCCCACCCCCGAGAAGGCUCAGCACAACCCCACGCUGCUGGCCGAGCUGCGCCUGCUGCGGCAGAGGAAGGAUGAGCUGGAGCAGAGGAUGUCAGCCCUGCAGGAGAGCAGAAGAGAGCUGAUGGUGCAGCUGGAGGGGCUGAUGAAGCUGCUCAAAGAAGAAGAGCAAAAGCAGGCAGAGGAAGAAAAAGAGCCAAAACUAAACUAACAUCAGCACAGUGAUGUUCCCUGCAGGCCC